CACCUUGCAGUAACCUUGACUUUAACAUAUAUGCUACAAAGAAGAGUGCAGCUCAGAGCAUGUUGGAUGUGGCUCUGCUGAUGGCUAACUCGUUCCAGCUGAAGAUCAUCCUGUCUGCGGGACCGAAGUUCAACUUCUACAUCCCCCUAAUUGUGCUGCUGGCCAUUUCCAUAACCCUACAGGUUGUAGUUGGGCUCUUGCUUAUCUUCAUAGCCAAGUCUAAUCUAAACAUCGAUGGAAAGCAUGUCAAACUGGACCGUAUGAACAACGCUGCAACCAUCUUUGUCUUCCUCACUGUCGUUGUCAACAUCUUCAUCACAGCACUUGGAUUUCAGAACGACAGCGGGUGACCUGAACCGAUACACCUUAGAGCCUUUUUGGACCCGAUCUUCAUCCAGCCCUGACUGAUCCAUGUUCAAGCAGCAGCACCAAAGCUUGAGCUGAAAAACGUCCUUUUCCAGACUAAUAUUUAUGAACAGAUUUUGACCUCACAGAUCUGUUUGAUAGCCUUACUUUACCCAAACCGGACUUUUUGGUUAUUCAAUGCUUGGCUCCCAAAGUAUUCUCUCUCUCCUGAUGUCAUGUCACGUUGACUCUCCCAACCUUCUAAUCCAAACUCAAAAAUCUGUUAAAAUCUGCUUUUUUCUCUGUGAUUUCACUGUUCAUUUUCUUUCAGCUGGUUUUAUUGGGAUUUUAAUAUAUAUAUGUUAGUGAUUGCUUUUACUAUGUGCUGUGUUUUUAUUUUUUUUAAAAGGUGAUUUAAAAUAAAAUGGAUUAUUAUUAUUAUUUUGGAUCAAACCUUCACCAAAAUCUGACUGAUUCAUGUUUCAGCAGAUGGACGAA